AUGCCCGACGUUGGUCCCCCAACCGACCACAUUGACACCUCUACCCCCGAAGAGACGCUCAAGUUACUCUACGAUCUUGACGCACUGACACAGAUUCCAGAAGGGGAGUUCACCAAGGACAUUCCCCCACCGCCGAUAGGAGAGUUUACCAAGCCAGCUAGUAAGUCCACACCGACGCAAGAUGGGCAGCCUGGACCUUCGUCGGUACCGGGCGGCUCAGGAAACCAGGUUGAUGAGGAGGAGGAGGAGGACGAGGAGGAGGAGAGCGACGACGAAUACGACGAGCGUCCUCCGCGUAGCACGAAUCCGCGCACCUUGGAAGAACGCCUCCGGCGGGAACUUGAAUACAUAGAUGACAUGCUAGAACAGGACGAGGACGAGGACGAGCAGAACAUGGCGGUGCCACGCGAACAGUGGAGAGCAGCAGACUUCGUCGAGGACGACAUGGUUUACGCAAGCAUCGACGUGCUGGUCAUAGACGCCCUACGCCACCUGCAAACCUUGGAGAAGAAUAGCACGCUGAGGCUGUACACCUCGUUCAUCUACCAUUACAAGAGGUGGGCGGCGAAAAUGCUGACGCAAAUACGCGACAAGCUUCCCCAGGAGCACAGGCUUAGGCACGUCGACGAGAUCGGCCACUACAUCCGGGACAACAAGAAGAAGAAUUGGGACAAAGUGGCCGAGGUCCCCCGAGAGUACAUCUGGCUGCACGGCCCUAGGGUAACCGAAACCCGGCUGCGCGCCUAUGUGAAGUUCAUGAUACGUGAGUGUCAGCUCGAUGCCGAGUCGAUCGAGGAGGGGAACAAUGCCCCGCGAACCCAGCCGGUGCAAGGUACAACGGUGCACACGCUCCUCGGGCGCAUAAAGGCAUGCCAGAUGGCGGCGAGAGUGGAGGCGACGCUCUACCGGGAGAAGGAGCUGAGCAUCAUGCGAGAGAUAUCGGUGGUCAGAUCGGAGGUGCGGUUCAUGGUCCGCACCAAGAACGAGAGGGACGUCAAGAAUUGUGCCGACCGGCGUCGCGGCACCAUCGGCGAUACAUACACCGCCGAACAGUUCCGCCAGAUCAUGGUGAAGGUGCUGCCGACAUGGGCGGCGUCGGCGUGGAACCCGCGGGCAACCGCUCCUUCGCAGACGCUGUGGCGAUUUCUGCUCACCAAGGCGCUCACGCUACUCUCCCACCACACUCUCCUGCGAGGCGCCAGCAUCCGCGAGAUCACGCUCCCCGACAUCUUCUUGUACCGACUGGCUAGCACCUCGUCGAUAAACCCGGAGAACCAGCCGAUCGUCAUGGUGAUCGCCGCGCGGAACUCGAAGACUUCCAAGGAUGCCCGUCUUCAGCAGAGCUACGCGGCGCGACACCUGGAAGCGGAGUUGUGCGCCGUCGGCGAGACCGGCCUAUGGUUGCACUUCAUCCUCGACCAGAUCGGUCAGUUCAACGGCGUCGACUUCCUUCCGCCGCUUGACACCACCGAACGCGAGCGCUGGUACAAGAAGCACCUCUUCUUCGCCCGCAACGACAAGGAGCAAAAAGAGCUCUCCGCCUCCAGCCACCAACGUUGGACGCGGCAGUUGUGGACGACCAACAAGGAAAUCUCCGUUCGCUUGGACACCGAAUACCAUAACAUGUCCCUCAAGGAGACGCUGAAGUACGAGAGGGAGCGCGCCGCGGUCGAGAAGAUCGACCUUCAGGAUGAACUCGAGAAGCGCGACGAUACCAUCGCGACGCUGUCCGCCGAGAUAACCCGUCUCACCGAGGCACUCCGUGUGUCAGAAGCACGGAGGAUGCCGGAGACGCCGCCGUCGGGAAACGAGCAGACGCCGAGCGAGAGUGGCUUCGCGGAUUCGGCCAGUCCGGGGGCCAGAAACAAGAAACGGUACGAGAAACCCCCACAGACGCUCGACGAGGCUCGUUACGAGCUCAACGUGGUGCAACCUUGGCGGGAGUCAAAGACCGUGAGGGACGCUUGGCGCCUCUGGAACUCCGCCACCGCCGAUGACACCCGCCGUCUUUGCGAUAGGGUCGCCGAGCCGGGAUUCGUCGACCGCCACACCCUCCUCAAAGGCGCGACGCAGGGUGCACACGACAUGAAGGUGCGCCGCAUGCUGAAGGCCAUGGAUGCGGUGCGCCUUCUUCGCUCGAGCGACGGCGAUGCCGACACCGAAGCCGUCGUCGCUGCCCUGAACAAGAUCGCGGCGCCGGGCAUCGGGACCUUCUGCGAUGCCCUCACGGUGCUCAAACCGGGAACCGCACCGACGAAGUCCAAGGAGCCCGGCAUGGGCGUCAAGGGGCUGGGCCCCAAGUCGGUCUCGAAGCUACGUCUCGCCUGUGCGCUGGUGGCGGUCAACUUGAAGCCGACCGCUUGGGUCGCCGUCCUGUUUCCAGACACCUGGGAGGAGCAGAUGCCGAAGACCGUGGCGGACAUGGAGCGGCAGACCGCACCUGUGCUGCGUCCUCCGACGAAGCGCAAGAAGGCGGCAUGA